GAUGUGGAGCUGCGGAGGUGCCCGUGCUCUAUCAACUCUAAUUAGAAUUACUGAGGAUUCUUAGUACCCUUAUUCCUCGCAAACGAGAGGACUUCCCGGGGAUGCGUCUCAGGUCUUGAUUAAGGUACAAAAGCAGUCCUGGCAAGGAUAAAUAGGUCCCUCAUUUCCAUCAGGCAGGAACCACUAACUGCACCAAGACAGCCAUUUGGAACUUUGAACCCACAUAGAUGUGCUACCUCGCUACUGCGUGACUACGUCUGCUUGUGAACUGUACGUCCCAUUAUGCUGGAAGCCAACAGCGAGAUUGUGGAUAGGCUGGCCUUGAUAACAGGGGCCUCGGGAGGUAUCGGAGCAGCCUGCGCAAGAGCACUCUGGGCCGAGGGUGUGUCUCUUGCGUUGACCUACUUUCGGAAUGACGAUAGCGUCUUCAGCUUAGCCGCAGAACUGAGGGGGGUUCCGGUCAGGCGCGGCGCUAGGAUCUCGACCCACAAGGUCGACAUGCAGGACGCGGAGGCCAUCCGGAAACUCUUUCUAGAGUUUGAAGAUUUCCACGGCGAAGCGGGCCCGGACAUUCUGGUCUCCAACGCCGGCCACGGCAAGCGGAUCCCAAACAUUGCGGACAUCUCCAUUGAGGAGUUCGACUACACCCUUGGCGUCAACCUGCGCGCCUCCUUCAUCCUCAGCAAGGUGGCAAUCCCCCAUAUGGCCUCGCAGAAGUGGGGCCGCAUCAUCUAUGUCUCGUCCAUCGCGGCUCAUGGCGGGGGAAUCAACGGGUGUCAUUACGCUGCGAGCAAGGCAGGCUUGACGGGCUUGAUGAAGAACCUGGCGCUGAAGCACGCCAAGGAUGGGAUCACAGUGAACGAUGUCGCGCCGGCGAUGAUCGGGGAGACGGGCAUGAUUCCGGAUGAGAAGUUUGUAGAAGGGACGCCAGGCGACGUGAGGAACAUCCCAGUUGGGAGACUGGGCACGCCCUCUGAAGUUGCCAAUGUUGUCCUAAUGUUCUGCAAGACUGGAUACAUGACGGGGCAAAGUGUUCUCUUGAGUGGGGGUCUAAAGUAAAGCGCCGCCUAAUCUCACGGCCGGGAGAUAUAUCUCUAUCAUACUCGCGUUUGUCCUCUGUUAGUCUGAUGCAGGAAAAUACCAAAC